AUGUCCUGCUACGACCUGUGCCUGCCCUCCUCCUGCGGCCCCAGGCCACUGGCCACCAGUUGCAACGAGCCCUGCUACCGGCGCUGCGGGGACUCCACCACCGUCAUCCAGCCUCCCACCGUGGUAGUGACCCUGCCCGGGCCCAUCCUCAGCUCCUACCCGCAGAACACGGUGGUGGGCUCCACGGCAUCGGCAGCGGUUGGGAGCUACCUCCGGUGCUGCGGGGUGCCGGUGGCCUCCAGCGGUGCCCGGGGGCUGGGGAAGGCGGGACUGCUGUGCCUCGGUGGUGGGCUGUAGGGUGUCCUUGCCUGUCACCUCGUCCCACCGAUGCCAGCAGGGCACAGGGAAGGAACAGCGAAGCACUGGAAGAAGGCUGGGGAAGAGGACUAAGGAGAUGCCCGUGUGUUUCCAGGCUGUGGAGGGCAUCCGCAGCUCCCGCAGCAGGAAGGGAGCUGCGAGCACGCGCCACUCAAGAUCGUGCCUCUGUACGCCUUUCUCUUGCUAUGCCUCACUGUAUGUUUCCAUGUAGGUGUCACAACCUGCGGUGCUACACGGCAUUUGCUAUUAGCUGGGGGAAAACGCUUUUAGCUGGCUGCAGACAGAAGGUGAUUGCCACGGGCUGCAG